AAGAGAAAAUAUAAAGUAUAUUUCAUUCAGUAAUAAAAUAAUGAUCUGCGAACGCUGUGGUGUAAGAGGAAUAAAACACUUGGAGGUGUGCUGUUAUGGGAAAAUAAUCAGCUUCAGGGAGGAAACAGUAACUCAAUCACACCACGCUGUUGAUUAUUUUCCGAUAACUGCACACCACCAAAUGAUUUAUUCUGUACGUGUUACUGAUGAUGUGUAACUUUCACACGGACUGCUGAUCGGACAGGAAGUGGUUUAGUCUGUGAGCUGGACUGCAGUUACUGGGCUUCAGUCUGUGCUUCUGUGGUGCAGUAAUAUUCUACACAGAGGUUAUAUGUAAUAUAUUUACAUGAUUUAUUUUAAAACCUUCAUUAUGCAGUGCAUGACCUAUAAUGAAUUAUUUAAAAGUGAUAUUUCUGUGAAUGAGUGUAUCUUCCUGUGUGCAGUCAUACAGGAGGAGGAGAGCCACACGUGCAGAUUAAACUCAGAUUCACUGUGAUGCUCAUUUUAUUUUAUCCUCACUGAAUGUGGAUUUAAACUACACACUUACAAAAUGUAGGAAAUGUGUUUGUCCCUGUGAUGGAGUGUGAUGGAGUGUGAUGGGGUGUGAUGGAAUGUGAUGGGGUGUGAUGGAGUGUGAUGGAAUGUGAUGGAGUGUGCUGGAAUAUGAUGGGGUGUGAUGGAAUGUGAUGGAGUGUGAUGGAUUUUUAAUGAAGCUAAGAGAAGUGGAUGUGAAUAUAUCUGCCAUUUCACUUUUUUCAAGUCACACACACAGCAGCAGCAGCUAUAAACAGUCGUUCCCUCAUCAGUUAAUAAAACAGAAAAACUUGUCGGAAUGAAGCCUCAUUUGCAUGUUCUUCACUUUCUCCGGUUUGAGUUGCAAUAAAAACACUGGUAAUAAAACCGGAAAUGCGCUGUGAAGACUGAUUGUUUUGGGGGUUUUUUUUGUUUGUUUGAUUGUUUGUUGAACCCUCUGUUCCUCGGCAGUGUGUUUAAUAAAAAAAAGUCUUCAGUGUUUGUGUUAACGUGUGAAAGUUUUCUUUCUGAACUCUGUAACUCAAAUUCCUCCAGAUUCUGACGUCACUGCGAGGAGACCCGCAGAGCGCGCGCUACUUCCUCUUUGGAGAGGAGCGGAGACUCGGGCAUGAUGUUGGACUCGCUGCUGCUGCUGUUGCAGAAAAUGUUCUUGUUUGCGCACCGGGACUUUUUCAGCGUCGUGGCAUCGAGAGCCGACAAGCCGAGGCGCGCGGAGAGGACGGAGCGCGCAGGAGCGGAAGUCACAGCGCAGCUCGAGCGCGGAGAUCUGCUCGAGGUUCCCCGCACGCUGUUCGUGCACUUCGGGAUCUACUUGGGCGACGGGAAGGUGGCGCACCUCAUCCCCGACAUCCUACCGCUUCUCACGCGCGAUGAGCUCCGCGUCCGCGCCGUGGUGAGCAACAAGCGGCUGCUGCUGGGAGUGCUGUGCCGCAGAGCCGCCGUGCGCGUCGACACGCUCGAGGACUUCGUGUACGGGGCGCGCGUGCUGCUCAUCAACGCCAUGGACGGUGUGCUCGGUGUGCAGCCCGCGCCUAACGAGGAGGUCGCGCGCACGGCGGAAAAACUGAUCGGCGCUGUUCGCUACAGCCUCCUGUGGAACAACUGUGAGCACUUCGUCACGUUCUGCCGAUACGGUACCGGGAUCAGCCUGCAGACCGACAAGUUUUGUGAGUGCCUGAAAUCUGUUCUCCGGGAUCAGAGGAGUGUCCUGGUCACUUCAGUCACUGGGAUAUUUCUCAUAUUGUUCCUGGGAUUAUCCGCAUGCACAGCACUUCCUGUCCUUCUCGUCUCCUUCAUCCUCUGGAUGGUCGGAUAAAAGACUUUUAUCAUGGUGUCUACAUCAUGCUUCAUUACAUCUGUGUUCAGUUUAACACAGGUUUGUCUACGUGUGUGUGUGUGUGUGUGUUGUAGUGAGAUAUCACUAAACUGUACUAACAGUGGCUCUAAUGUUUUUAUGUUUAUUGAAGUUUAACAGUUUUAUGUUAAUCACGUGUGCCCUGUGAUGGGUUGCUCCCCUGUCCGUGGUGUCCCCCGCCCUGUGCCCCGAGCUCCCCGGGACAGGCUCCAGGCUCCCCGCGACCCUGUGUAGGAUAAGUGGUAUGGAAAAUGGAUGGAUGUUAAUCACGUAUGUUUUUGUACUCUACUCAGUGAAUGUUAAUAAAUGUUUAAAACAGA